AUGGAAUUGCCGCAAUUGAAGAUUUUCACCAACAACGUUGCCAGUGCUCUCCAGGAAAACAACUAUGACGGUGUCGUGGUUCUCUUCACUGAUAAGAAGGCGCUCUUGAACGUUGUUCCGAGCGUGAAGAGCUGGAUGGAUUUGGAUGCUUCGUUCGGCGAUGAAAUUCAGUUGCUUCUUCCCAAUGACGCUUCGCCUGCUAGCCGAGUCCUCAUUGUUCCCACCGGUUCCCUUAACAACGACUUUGACGAUGCUCGUCGCUUUAAAGAUGCCGCCUUUGACGCUGGUAAGCGUGCCUUGAAGGCCGGUAUGGUGGCUCCUUUGGUAUGCUUUGCCGAUGCUCCCGCCGAGACAGAAUUGUCCUGGACGUUCUCUGAGCAAGAUGAUUAUAAGCAUUAUCUGGAAGUGACCAUGCUUGGAUUUUUGGAAUCCACCUUUGAGCCUGUGGAUGUGCGCGAUCAUCACGAACGUGUCAAGCAACCUCUUCAGGUUUUCAAGCAAUUGGGCUUUGUGGCUCCUAAUUUCGACGGCAGCAAAGUCGAUGAGAUGAUCAAGAUUGUGUCUGCUAUCGAAGCUGGUCGUCGUGUUGCCAAGGAUAUUGGAUCCCCUGAUCCCGAGCGUAUGUCUCCCAUUCAAGUCGUCAAAUAUCUCCAAGAGCAAUUCAAGGACAGCAAGAAUGUUAAGAUGACAGUCAUUGAUGACAUUGAUGCCAUCAAGAAAGAGUAUCCUCUCGCUCACGCUGUCACUCGCGCGAGUUUAGCAGUUCCUCGUCACCAUCCUCGAUUUGUUCACUUUGAAUAUGUAUCGCCUGAUCAAGACAAGGUUAAGGAAAAUUUGUAUUUCGUGGGUAAAGGUGUUACUUACGAUACUGGAGGUGCUGACAUCAAGUGCAGUGGUCAUAUGAGAGAUAUGUCUCGUGAUAAGUGUGGUGCUGCCGCUGUGGCUGGUUUACUCAAGACCAUUGAAUUGCUUCAACCCGAACAGGUGAAUGUGACAGCAGGUCUGGCAUUGGUGAGAAACUCGGUCGGUUCAGAUGCCUAUGUGAGUGAUGAGGUGAUCUAUUCUCGCAACGGUACUCGUGUGCUGGUCGGCAAUACGGAUGCCGAAGGUCGUAUGGUGAUGACCGAUUUGCUGUGUGAAUUCAAGGAACGUGUGCUCGCCAACAAGAAGGCCAAUGCUCCUUCCUCAAAAGCACCCUCUCUUCUUUUCACUGUGGCCACUUUGACCGGUCACGCUCUUCGUGCUUACGAUUGCUACGGUAUCACUCUUGACAAUGGUUUUGCGCGCAAAAACAAAGUCAGCAAGCGUAUACAUGAUGCUGGUCACAUUCUCGCCGAUCCCUUUGAAAUCUCUACCAUGCGCCGCGAAGAUGUCGCUGUUGUUCAGCCUGGUCGAUCCAGUGAAGACGUCGUGCAAGCCAACGACAAGCCCAGUACCAUGACCAGCCGUGGCCAUCAGUAUCCCGCCGGAUUUAUGCUUAUUGCUUCCGGUUUGGAUAAGCAUGGUUUGAACCAUGAACAUCCUAUUGGCUUUACCCACUUGGAUAUUGCCGCUUCCGCUGAAACCACCUCUGCUGUUGGAUGGAGUUUGCCUCGUGUGACCGGAUCGCCUGUGGCGGCUUUGACCGGUGCUUUCCUCCUUUAA